AGGGCGAGGCAAGGGAAGGAGGGCGUGAGAAAGGAGGCGGCGGCGGCGCGGAGGAGGGUUAUCUAUACAUUUAAAAACGAGCCGCCUGAGUCGCGCCGGGAAGACUUGGGGAGCGUCCGACAGCACGCGCGGGACACGAGCGCCCCACGCUCCCCCGCGCGCACGGCCCGCCACUUCUCGGCCUCCAGUGCCUUGCUGUCCCGGGGUCCCAGACAACCUGGGACGCGUACUCUGGGGAGUCUCUGCGGCGCAGUGCCAGAGGCCCCCUUGGGGCUCGACCGUUGACCCACCGAUCUCCGUCCCUCUGCCCGCAUUUUCCUGCGGCAAGCCGGAGCUCGGAGGAAUUGCCGAGCGAGUGAAUGCCGGAGCGAUGGACAGCGGCGCGCUGCCCCGGCCCGCGCCCCCCGCGCCUGGCGUCUCGGGCGGCUGCGCCACUCGGCGGCGACCUGUGUCCCCAGAGCUGCUGCGCUGUAGCCGGCGGCGGCGGCCAGGCGCGGCGGAGACCGGGGGUGGCGCUGCGGCUGUGGCGCGGCGCAACGAGCGCGAGCGCAACCGCGUGAAGCUGGUGAACUUGGGGUUCCAGGCCCUGCGGCAGCACGUGCCGCACGGCGGCGCCAGCAAGAAGCUGAGCAAGGUGGAGACACUGCGCUCGGCCGUGGAAUACAUCCGCGCGCUGCAGCGCCUGCUGGCCGAGCACGAUGCGGUGCGCGCCGCGUUGGCUGGGGGGCUGCUGGCGCCAGCUGCGCGGCCCCCAGCACCUCGAGGGCCGCGCGGGACCCCCGCCGCCGCCGCCUCGCCCUCCUGCGCCUCAUCGUCCCCGGGCCGCGGGGGCAGCUCGGAGCCCGGAUCCCCGCGCUCCGCCUACUCGUCGGACGAGAGCGGCUGUGAGGGUGCGCUGAGCCCCGAGGAGCGCGAGCUGCUUGACUUCUCCAGCUGGUUAGGGGGCUACUGAGCGCCCGCCUGACGAGCCGCGCCCUGGACGCUGAGCGGCAGGCGUGCUCACCACCUGGGAGCCAGCACGGUGGACCCGCCCGUGCCUCUGUCCCCGCCGUCCCGGCGGGCCAAGCCGCCACCGAGCCGGGGACCCCGCCGACGCCCCCUCGGCCGUCCAGCCUGACCAGGUGCCGCUGUGGAAACGGUCCCGGCCUGACCUCGCGCGGUUCCGACCGUCCCUCCCGCCUCCGGGCUUUCCACGUGGAAGGGGGCUGGGCACCGACACUUGGAGGAUUUUCUGACGGGCAGAGGAUUUUGUGAGGGCGUCACGGAGAAUCCAUUUUUUACACAUUCACUUGAACUGUCCAGGGACACUGGCAAUAGGAAGACUUAUUUUUGUGCAAAGAAUCUUUAGACUUGGGACACAAUAAAGGUUAUCUACCCCCGCUCCACCCCCACUACCUGGAAUUUUCUAACCUGGUCAAGAUCGGACCCCGCAGGACCUGAGGAGCAGGGUUCCUGGCGGGCGUACCCUCAGCGCUGGGUUGAUGCAGGGCAGCCCUCUGGGCUCGCGAGAGACCCGGGGCGGGAAACCCGUUUUUGGGAAG